CUCUCCCCUUUCCUAGCGAUUUCUAUUUAAAUCUGGCAAGAGCCAACACCAAGCUUUACAAGAAUGGAGUCGGUAAAACAAAGGAUUUUGACCCCAGGAAAAGAGGGACUAAAGAAUUUUGCUGGAAAAUCCCUCGGCCAGAUCUACAGGGUGCUGGAGAAGAAGCAGGAGACCGGAGAGACCAUCGAGCUGACGGAGGAUGGGAAGCCCCUGGAGGUGCCUGAGAAGAGGGCGCCGCUGUGCGACUGCAGGUGCUUCGGUCUGCCACGUCGCUAUAUCAUCGCCAUCAUGAGCGGCCUGGGCUUCUGCAUCUCCUUCGGCAUCCGCUGCAACCUGGGCGUGGCCAUCGUGGACAUGGUCAACAACAGCACCAUCCACCGCGGGGGCAAGGUCAUCAAGGAGAAAGCCAAAUUCAACUGGGACCCGGAAACCGUGGGGAUGAUCCACGGUUCUUUCUUUUGGGGCUACAUCAUCACCCAGAUUCCGGGCGGCUACAUCGCUUCUCGGCUGGCCGCCAACAGGGUUUUUGGAGCUGCCAUACUUCUUACCUCUACCCUGAAUAUGCUAAUCCCAUCAGCAGCCAGAGUGCAUUAUGGGUGUGUCAUCUUUGUUAGGAUACUGCAGGGACUUGUUGAGGGCGUCACCUACCCAGCAUGUCAUGGGAUAUGGAGCAAAUGGGCCCCUCCUCUAGAGAGGAGUAGACUGGCAACCACCUCCUUUUGUGGUUCCUAUGCUGGAGCUGUGAUUGCAAUGCCUUUAGCUGGCAUUCUUGUACAGUAUACUGGCUGGUCUUCAGUAUUCUAUGUCUAUGGAAGCUUUGGAAUGAUCUGGUACAUGUUUUGGCUUUUGGUGUCGUAUGAGAGUCCUGCAAAGCAUCCUACUAUUACAGAUGAAGAACGUAGGUACAUAGAAGAAAGCAUUGGAGAGAGUGCAAAUCUUUUAGGUGCAAUGGAAAAAUUCAGGACUCCAUGGAGGAAAUUUUUUACAUCUAUGCCAGUCUAUGCAAUAAUUGUUGCAAACUUCUGCAGAAGCUGGACUUUUUAUUUAUUGCUCAUUAGUCAGCCAGCAUAUUUUGAGGAAGUCUUUGGAUUUGAAAUCAGCAAGGUUGGCAUGCUAUCUGCUGUGCCACAUUUAGUAAUGACAAUUAUUGUGCCUAUUGGAGGGCAGAUUGCAGAUUUUCUAAGAAGCAAGCAAAUUCUUUCAACUACUACAGUAAGAAAGAUCAUGAAUUGUGGUGGUUUUGGCAUGGAAGCAACGCUGCUCCUGGUUGUUGGUUAUUCUCAUACUAGAGGGGUAGCAAUCUCGUUCUUGGUACUUGCAGUGGGAUUCAGUGGAUUUGCUAUCUCUGGUUUCAAUGUUAACCACUUGGAUAUUGCUCCAAGAUAUGCCAGUAUCUUAAUGGGCAUUUCAAAUGGUGUUGGCACAUUGUCAGGAAUGGUUUGCCCUAUUAUUGUUGGUGCAAUGACAAAGAAUAAGUCACGUGAAGAGUGGCAGUAUGUCUUCCUGAUCGCUGCCCUAGUCCACUAUGGUGGAGUUAUAUUUUAUGCAAUAUUCGCCUCAGGAGAGAAGCAACCCUGGGCAGACCCUGAGGAAACAAGUGAAGAAAAAUGUGGAUUUAUCCACGAAGAUGAGCUCGAUGAAGAAACAGGAGACAUUACUCAAAAUUAUAUAAAUUAUGGUACCACCAAGUCUUACGGUGCCACAACACAAGCCAAUGGAGGUUGGCCUAAUGGUUGGGAAAAGAAAGAGGAAUUUGUACAAGAAGACGUACAAGACUCAUACACUUAUAAAGACCGAGGUGAUAAUUCAUAACAAAGCUAAUUGCUGGAUUUAUUUUUAGUGUUUGUGAUUAAAUUAAUUGUGAUUGCACAAAAAUUUUUAAAAAAUGUGGUGUAAACAUGUAAACAUAUCAACCAGGCAAGUCUUGCUGUAAAAGUGAAAUCAGAACAAACUCAUGAAGUUACCAUCAAGUGCAAUCUAUAGAAGUUGUGAAAUUCCAUCAUUUCCAUUCAAGUCAUCCAUUCUUGCAUUUGUGAUUUAAAGGUUGACUGGUCAAAACUGUAGAAGCAAGUAGUUACUCAUUGGAUUCAUAUGAGCUAAAACUCAUCACCAUUUAAUAAAGCACAACUAAAACAGUUGGCACAUCCCAUCCUACAGAGGUUAGGAAGCCAAAGCUACUUGAUCAUGCAAAAUGCACUUAUGUAUUUGUUACACGGUAUGGCGAGAUAUCGUGCAGAAAUCCUGCUAAAAAAAAGUGAGUUGUCAUGUUGGCUGCAUUAGAUGUUGGCAACAUUUAUUGAGUUAAAUCAUGGAGUUGAGAUAUCUGUCAUGCAGAGAAGAAUGUUGUGGGCUAGCAACUAGCAAGGUCUACUAAAUAAUUAUUGUUAUUACAUAAUGUAGAAUAUUUUGUUGAUUCUCAAGAGGAAUAUCUUGCAGUGUUUUAUAUGAAAUGCUUUGGCACAAACAUUUAUAUCUUUGAAAAGGAACUUGUAAAGUGAGGGGUAUGCUUCAUGUUCUGCCAUUCAUUUACCUAACAGUAUAAAAUACUUCACACUUCAAUAAAAUCUGACUUUUCAUGUAGCAUAUCACUUUUUUGCAAAAAAUAUUAAAAAUAAACAAACUCCAAUGUAUUUUUUAUUACAACUUUGUACUGGUUGUAAGUUGCAUUAGAAAAAAAAGAUGCAUACACCAUAAAGAAUCUAAUAAGAAAUUUACUAUGGAGAUAUAGCCCUUAAAAGGCAAUAUUAACAACAAAAGAAAUAGAAAUGAUAUAGAUAUCCUUCUUCCUUAGUAAUUAAAUAUAUAUAAAACUUGUGCCACAGAGCUAUAUAAAUAUGAAAAGAUAAACUUAAUAGAGAUAUUGUAAGUAGACAAUUUUAUUACUUAAAUUCCCAUUAAAAUGUUUGUCUUAAAUAUAUAGGACAAUAAAUUAUAUUAAAAUUAUAUCUAUCUAUAUAUCUGUAUAUCUUAUACAUAUCCAUACACAGAUACAUAAUAAACAAUCUUCACAAAAAAAACAAAAAUAGCAUACACCUAAUGUUGGGUUAAGGGACUGCAAUUUCUACUUUCAUAGAGUCAUAGAAUUUUAGAUGGGGCAGAGGCAUUUUGCUUGUCAUUUCUUAAUAUAACUCAACAGGAAUUGCAACAUUUGUGUACCGAGCAAUAAGUGCAAUGAAUAAAAUUUCCUGUCUGUAUAUUAUCUUCAUUUUGCUUGUGGUAGCUGUUUGGGUGGUUGGAAUGAUUUUUUUCCUUUAAAAAGUUAACAUCAGACCUCUUUGUAAUGUUCUAAAAUGACAAUGAUGCAUUUCCCAAUUCAACUUAAAAUACUAUUUGUGUUUUUAAUUGUCUACUCUGGAUAUUUGAUCUGUUCAUUGUAUUGUGCUAGUGACUGGAGGCCCUGCUAAUGCAAAUAUAAAGCAUAAAGUUUGUUUUUAAAAUGCAAA